UUUAUACCCACUUCCGCCCACGAGCCCCUUCCUUUCCUUUCGGCUGCGCGCGGCGGCAAGAUGGCGGUGCAGAUUUCCAAGAAGAGGAAGUUUGUAGCUGAUGGCAUCUUCAAGGCGGAAUUGAAUGAGUUUCUCACCCGGGAGCUGGCUGAGGAUGGCUACUCCGGGGUCGAGGUCCGGGUUACACCCACCAGAACCGAAAUCAUCAUCUUGGCCACCAGGACACAGAAUGUGCUUGGUGAGAAAGGCCGGCGGAUUCGGGAGUUGACGGCUGUGGUUCAGAAGCGGUUUGGCUUUCCUGAGGGCAGUGUUGAGCUUUAUGCUGAAAAGGUUGCCACGAGAGGUCUGUGUGCCAUCGCCCAGGCAGAGUCUCUGCGCUACAAGCUGCUGGGAGGUCUGGCCGUGCGGAGGGCCUGCUAUGGUGUGCUGCGGUUCAUCAUGGAGAGUGGAGCCAAAGGCUGUGAGGUCGUGGUGUCUGGGAAGCUCCGAGGACAGAGGGCCAAGUCCAUGAAGUUUGUGGACGGUCUGAUGAUCCACAGUGGGGACCCUGUUAACUACUACGUUGACACUGCCGUGCGCCACGUGCUUCUCAGACAAGGUGUGCUGGGCAUCAAAGUGAAGAUCAUGCUGCCAUGGGACCCAAGUGGCAAGAUUGGCCCCAAGAAGCCGUUGCCUGAUCAUGUGAGCAUUGUGGAGCCCAAAGAUGAGAUCCUGCCCACCACCCCCAUCUCAGAACAGAAGGGAGGGAAGCCAGAGCCGCCAGCCAUGCCUCAGCCAGUGCCCACUGCAUAACAGGGUCUCCUUGGCAGCUGCAUCUGGAGUCUGGAUGUUCCUUAAGGACCUUUAAUAAAAUAUUUGUAAAA